GCCAUAAAGGUGAAAUGUGCGCCUUACACACGCGUUUCACUGACUACCUUUGCACCAAGCAGCCGUGCACGUCGCUCCUCCAGGUCCGACCAAUUAACUAACAUAUCUUGGCUUGUUUGCUCACUGCACUCAUCCUGACAGUCAAUGUAUCCCCGGGCUAAGCCAAACAAGCUGAUCAGCCAGUCACCUCUGUACACACUACCCCCCACUAAGAGGCUAAUGGCCCGGGCGUAUAAUCCUUCUCAAAACAACUACAGAGAUGCUAAUUGUAUCUCGCUAUAAAUACAGGUUGACUACUUGUCCUCUUUCUUUAUUUGUCCACACGCUGGAAAUCUGGAGCCGCCUUCGCCGUUGCGCGCCGGCUUCUCUGAAUUUGCCCAAAUCCGGAGAAAGGGUUACUUAAGAGAAGCAGCAGAUAGAUGCUGCGAGUGUCUAUAAACUCGGAGCUCUGCGCCCGCUUGGACACGCCACUCGUUUCAUGCGCUCCCUGAAGGUCCUGUAACUUCUCCAGUGAGCGACUGCGCGAGGCGACAUGUUCCCGUUGCCGAUGUUCACGCCGGACCAGGUGGCUCGCGUGUGCGAGAACCUGGAGGAGACCGGGGACAUCGAGCGCCUCGGCCGGUUCCUCUGGUCCCUGCCCGCCGCCGUACCGGGCUCCGCCGGGGAAGCCCUGAACCGGCACGAGUCGGUGAUGCGCGCUCGAGCGCUGGUCGCGUUCCACGGGGGGAACUUCGAGGCGCUGUACCAGAUCCUGCAGAGCCACCGGUUCACGCGCGAGUCGCACGCCAAGCUCCAAGACCUGUGGCUGGACGCGCACUACCGGGAGGCGGAGAGGCUGCGGGGGAGGCCGCUCGGCCCCGUGGAGAAGUACCGGAUCCGCAAGAAGUUCCCUCUGCCCCGCACCAUCUGGGACGGCGAGCAGAAGACGCACUGCUUCAAGGAAAGAACGCGCAGUUUGCUGCGAGAGUGGUACCUUCAAGACCCCUACCCCAACCCAUCCAGGAAACGGCAUUUAGCCCAGGCCACAGGGCUCACACCUACACAGGUCGGCAACUGGUUCAAGAACCGGCGGCAACGAGACCGUGCUGCGUCUGCAAAGAACAGACUGCAGCAGGAUCCUUCCCUCCUGCCCUCUGAAAGCUCCCCUAACGGCUCCCUUCAGGAGCGCCGCCAUCACCCACACCUGCUGCCUGCCUCCCCUCGCCUGGCCAGCCCCGGGGCCAGCGACUCCAGCACAGAGACCGAGCACAGAGGCACGGGGGCCUCCACCCCGGAGAUCUCAGUGAGCAGCGACAGCGAGUUCGAGUCCUGAGACGAUGGAGUCUGCCCACGGACUGACGGCGGCGUCCGCCACGAGGCUCUGACGCAUCUUAAAGACACUUGACCCGUCUGUGGUAGAGAACACGCUGGAGCUGUUCUCAGUGGGAGGAGGCCAUGUGAUGUGGCCGUGCGUGGACUCUGCAAAGGAAUGAUAUGCAAAAACACGAUGCACUUAAAAGGCACCACGGCCCACGACCUUGACUGUUACAUUAGUUUACUGCUGAGCGUGACUCCACUCUGUAGCUAGGCGAACCUCCAUCCCGCUUCCCAAUACAUUUUUCAACUCAAAACCUGUUUACCGUUUUACAACAUGUCAUUAAUGCAUCUCAUUGAGAACAUGUAUUUUGUAAAUGUUUUAUGUAAAUAAAUGAACUUAUUUUUA